AUGUCCACGUCAUCUGCCACAUCUUCAGACAACCCUCAAAAACACACAAUUGGAUUGAUCACAGCAAUAUCAUAUACAGUUGGAGACAUUGUUGGAUCAGGAAUCUUCAUCUCCCCCACAUCAAUAUUAAACCAUGCGGGAUCAGUUGGUCUCUCGCUCUGCCUGUGGGCUCUUUGUGCAUUCAUUUCUCUUUUUGGAGCACUUUCCUACGUGGAGUUAGGGACGACAAUCAGAAAAUCUGGAUGCGAUUUUGCUUAUUUGAGUCAUUUCGGAUGGCGCCCCCUGGCCUCCUCCUUCAUGUGGGUGUCUACAUGUCUUUCCUAUCCAGCAGUUCUCGCUAUUCAAGCAAUUUCAUUUGGAGAGUAUAUUGUCACAGGGCCCCUAAUGCUUCUCAAUUUCUUCUCCCUGAAAAAAGUGGCGGGCGCCUUCCAAAUCGUCGCCACAGCCAUCAAACUCAUCGUAGCAUCCGUCAUUAUUUUCACGGGACUCUACCAUAUUUUAAUCAAAAAACAGACCCAAAAUUUUCAAAAUUCAUUCCAAGGAUCCGAUUGGAAUCCGGGGAAUCUGGUAUUAGGUGUCUAUUCUGGUCUGUUUGCUUAUAAUGGAUGGGAUGUGUUGAAUUUUGGAGCAGAGGAGAUCGAAAAUCCGAGGAGAACCCUCCCUAUCGCCGCAAUCAGUGGAAUCGCCAUCUCAGCAACCGUCUUCAUUCUGAUGAAUGUCUCAUAUUUUUCAGUUUUAUCUGUUGAAGAUUUCAAAAAUUCUCCGGCCGUGGCAGUGACAUUUGCCGAGCGAACCCUUGGAAACUUCCACUACGCAAUUCCAUUUCUGAUUUCCCUUCUUCUUAUUGGAAGUAUGAACACCACUAUUUUCGCAUGCAGUCGUUAUAUGUAUUCGGGUGCCCAACAGUCUGUUAUGCCUACUCCGCUACGUGGAAUUCAUUACGCGUCAAGGAGUCCAAGGCUAGCGGUUUUUGCGGAGAUUCUCAUCGCAAUUUGCUUGAGCUUUAUCGGAAAUCUCGACCAACUCAUCAGUUAUAUGUCAUUCGCUCUUUGGUCUCAAAGAACUUGUACUCAAGCCGGAUUCAUUUAUUUCAAGCUUCGUGGCACUCUAAAAUCGAAAAAUAGUUUUGAAGUGCCGAUUUUUGUGCCAAUUAUAUUCUUCAUCAUCUGCAUUGCUCUUCUAGUAAUUCCUAUCACUCAGAACUACCACGUGGCAAUCUACGGGUUGAGUAUGACUGCAGGCGGAGCCCUAAUUUAUAUAGUUUUCAUUUACCCGAAAGUUCUCCCGGAGAUGACCACGACAAUCCCACCAGAUUUGAUUGCAAGACUACAAAAAUUCGACCAACUCAUCACAAAAAUCGAGGACGCCAUCGAGGAGAUCGAUGUCGGAACCGAUAAACAUUUUGAGCGAAGUGCCCACGAAAUGGCUUUGGUCGACUCGAUGAGCAUGUUUUUGAUGGAUAGUCUGUUAUGGGCGGUGCAGGCGACGAAAGGUGGUGGAGCAGAUAAAAAUGAAGAUCUGUUGAUUGAUUUGGCCCGAACGAAACGUGUCACCGCCGACAUGAAGGCGAUCAACGCUCGCCAGGACGCACCACGUAUCAACAAGACAGCCGCCGCCAAUUUCGUGAGGAACGCUCUCUGGGAGGUACCCGAACAGGGAACAUCGACGGAAACAGCUCCAGAUCCGCCAGUGAAAAUGGAAGAAUGA